UGUGCAAGUGGUUCAUGAUCCUCUAGGGAUUGAUUACCUUAAUUGCAAAGCUAUGAUUGACUCGAUCGGCGACUUUGGUUUGUGACGGCACCUCGGGAGUCGGGACCUCGAGGCUGAAGGCCCGGCCCCGGCCCCUCCUUGUGGCUGGUGUGAAUCGCAGCCACAUGUGGCUGGACUGCCUGCCAACCUUUCUUUACCUUACCUUAAGCUCGGUUCGGCUCGACUUUCUGCGGCAUCAACAGACAACUUUCUCCUUUCCUCCAUUCCCGCUCAUAAAAGCCCCCUUGGUUCUGGUCAACUACUCUACCCGGCGCACCCCGACCUCGCACAACAGCACUCUUGUCUCUGACGCUGGUCAGUAGGCCUCCCACUGCUGCAUCACCUACCUGCUCUGUCAGAUCUCAUCUCAUCUCAUUUCUGGGCCCCAGCUCCGUCCAUCGAUCAGAGCUUUCACGUGGUCCAGUAGACCACCGCUCCAGAUGGAGGGCAUUUGCCGCAGCACACGACUCUUGUCUCUUGCCCGUCUAUCAUCCAAGCACACCAAUAAGACAAUCAGAACCUUCUCGGUCUCGGCUUGUCAACGCCACCGUUGUGAAGGGCAAACACGUCUCACUCAACGGCCGACUGCAUUGCCGAGAGGGUCUCGGGAUAUUGCAUCGCAAGUACGAUACCAAUCAACUGAGGAAGCUGUGUCCCAGGACUCUUCGCCGUCUAGAGACUCAUCGGCUGCUUCUGGUGUCCUUCGUGGACCUCGCAGUACCACAAGAGAAGAAUGGCUGACUAGGGAAAGUCCUGAUGGUAUCCCUGACAUGAACCUCGAGUAUGUCAAGAUUGGCGAUACCGACGGAGCCUUCCAUCCAGUCUUCCUGCGCGAUGCUUGUACUUGCCCCAGAUGUGUCGAUCCAUCAUCAACACAGAAGAAAUUCCAAACCACCGAAAUUCCUAGGACUAUCAGAGCAACGUCUGUCAGGGAACAGGACAAUGGGGAUUUCGCAAUCACGUGGGAGAACGAUAUCCCUGGAUUUGGACCAGACCAUCUUUCUACCUAUACAUCCAAGUUCUUCAAAACAUGCGACACCAGAAGUGCCAGAGCACGGGACCGCUCUGAUCACGUUUACCCUCGUCCAUGGAGCAAACGUCGAAUUGAGGAAGAGCUUCAAUUCUUUAACUUCACCGACUAUAUGGAAGAUGAUAAGCAACUUUUCCGAGCUCUGUUCCAAUUGCAGACUCGCGGGCUUCUCCUUCUUCGCAACGUCCCCAAAUCCGAAGAGUCUGUUGCAGAGAUUGCAGGUCGUAUCGGAACCAUUCGAGACACCUUCUAUGGACGAACUUGGGAUGUAAAGUCGGUCGCAGAAGCCAAAAAUGUGGCGUACACCCACCAGUUCCUUGGACUCCAUAUGGACCUUUUGUAUAUGACGAAUCCUCCGGGGUUUCAAUUCUUGCACUGCUUGAAGAAUACUUGCCAAGGCGGCGCUUCCUUGUUCAGUGACACCUUUUUUGCCGUCAAGAGCUUGUCGCCCUGGGAUAUCAAGGUCCUAUCUACUACAGACUUGGCUUAUCAUUAUCGUAAUGCCGGAGAACACUACUACUACGAACGUCCUGUGUUAGAGUUCAAUGCGCCCAUAGCCCUCAAAACCGACAAUACACCUCUCAGUUUCGUAAACUACUCACCACCAUUUCAAGCGCCGUUCCCAAUUACCAAAAGUGCGCAGGGGCCUGUGUUCCCCAAGAUCGCCAAGGCGCUGCGGACCUUUGCUCAUCGCGUCGAAGCACCCAACGCCUUGUUCGAGUAUAAGUUGAAAGAAGGCGAGUGUGUGAUCUUCAACAACAGACGAGUUCUUCACGGUCGGCGCCAAUUCGAUGCAGGCAACGGAGAGAGGUGGUUGAAAGGAACAUACAUCGAUACGGAUGUGUUCAGAAGCAAGUACCGAACUCUAUACGAGAAGUACACUGGCACAGAUAUCAGUGAGCCGGCCAGCCAGUAUGUGUUUCCAGGGAAAUUAGAGGAAGGUCAAGCGUAUCGGGCUAGUAAGAGGUGGGACGCUGGAGAUGCAGCUGUAGCAAGCUCUUGAGUCAUCGAGGUGGAGCUCAAUCAAUGUACGAGGUUCCUGGGGGUAUGUCGUCUCUGUGCGUGGACUUAUGCAGAUGAUUGGCAGUGUUGUAAGAUAGGAUGUAGCCAGUUUCACAGUGUAUAGGUAUACAUAAAAAAGGAUCAAGUCAUCAGGGUACACAUUUAAGGACAAAACUUAACAAACUUUCCUGAAUA